GCCACAGUACUUAUAUAUGGUUUGCAAAACGGCUGGAUGUCACCCUUUAUCAUCGUUCUUCAGUCUGAGAAUAGUCCAUGUGGCUACCCACUCUCUAACUACGAGAUCUCUAUUAUAGCUAGUGGUAUUAGUACCGUUGCCACCGGCACAGCAGUUAUAUAUGGUUACAUAGCAGAUUCUUAUGGACGACGCCUGUCUUUGAUCUUAGUAGUUAUACCACAGAUUUUUGGUUUCGCCUUAAAGUUGGUGUCAGCGCACCCUAUAAGUCUAAUGAUAUCGCAGGCGUGUUGCGGGAUAGCCGGGGGCGGCGUGUUUUGUGUCGCUCCUGUGUACAUUAAAGAAAUUGCUCAAGACUCCUUAAGAGGCAUUUUGGGAUCCUUUGGAAUACUCCUACUGAGCAUAGGAUUGCUAAUAAUGUACGCGAUGGGAGCAUAUUUGGAUUUCUAUACCGUACUCUGGAUAGUUACUUGGAUUCCGAUCCUUAACCUAGUUGCACUAUUUAUAAUACCCGAAUCUCCUGCUUUUUUGGUAAAGAGAGGAAAAUUUGAGAAAGCUGCUGAAGUGAUAGCCUGGCUAAGAGGACUAGAAGUAAACGACAAAGAAGUAGAACGGGAAAUCAUGAUUGCCAAAAACGAAGUUGCGGAGUACGAAAACCUGCCACCAGUUUCUUGGAAAUCUAUUAUAUGUGAACCGACGACAAGAAAAGGUUUGUGGUUAUCGUGUUUGAUCAUCACAUUGUUGGACAUGAGUGGGGUGUACGCUAUUCUGACCUACGCGUCAGUGAUCCUUAGAAACGCUGGAGUAUCCUUUGCCCCAGAAGUCCAAGCCCUGUCUUUUCCAGCUCUUAUGACCUUGGGAUCUUUAUUAUCGGUAUUAACUAUAGAGAAGUUUGGGAGAAAGCCUCUAAUAAUGCUAAGUGCCAUUUUCUCUGGUAUACCGUUGGCCGUGUUGGGAGUAAUAAUCCUCGUGCAAAAUAAUGGACAAUCUUUGCCGUCAUGGCUAGCAGUCGUGUGUAUUGGCAUGUCCUUGUAUUCAAGUGGACAGCAUAUGCCUCUACCAUACGUAGUCAUAUCUGAAAUGUUCAACAUGCAGCUAAGAACAAAAAUUCUCGGGCUUCUAGUAUGCUACAGUUGGGGUAUCUGUUCAAUACAAACUAUGGUCUUUGCACCGAUCACCGAGUACUUCGGCAUGCACACAAUGUUCUUCGGGUUUUCGUUGUUCAACUUUAUUGGAGUAAUCAUUGUGUAUGUGGCUUUACCUGAGACUAAGGGGAAAACUUUGGUGCAGAUAAACAAGGAACUUGAGGGCAGAAGUAAAUGAAUAAAUACCUA